AUGGCAGCUGACGGCCGGUCGACUUACCCAACUGCGCCUGAGCCCCGGUCGGCGGAAUUCCACCCGACCGUAUGGGGAGACUUCUUCAUCACCCAUGUCUUCCAUUCCGAAGAGUCGGUCAGCGGCUGGAACCAGCAGAUUGAAUCGCUGAAGGAAGAGGUGACGAUGAUGCUAUCCGCAACCGACGGCAAACUGUCCCAAAAGUUGAACCUAAUCGAUACGAUCGAGCGGCUUGGAAUCGGCUACCAUUUCGAAGCAGAAAUCGACGACCAGCUCCGUCAAGUCUUUGACCUUUAUCCAAACCUGUCAAACAGUUCUGCAGAGCUCUCCGCCGCAGCGCUCCACUUCAAGCUGCUCCGUCGACGCGGUUACAACGUGUCCAGCGAUACGUUCGACAAAUUCAGGGUCUGUUUGGGCGACGAGCACUCGUUUAAGAAAGAGCUUGGAGCUGAUGUCGAAGGGAUGCUCUGUUUUCACGAAGCUGCACAACUGCGAGGGGCAGGGGAGGAGAUGUUAGAAGAAGCUAUUGAAUUCACAACGGCUGGGCUGAAGUCCAAGAUGCAGGCCGCUAGCGACGGGGGUGAUAAUUGGGCCCAGGCCCUGCCUCUUUGGGAGCGGGUGGGCCGGGCUCUGAACGGGCCCAAGUGCGUGACGAGGCAUGAACAGCUGCUCUACAUCUCCUGCUACGAACGAGAAGUUGGCGGCGGCGGCCGCGAUUCAGCAGUGCUGCUCACCCUGGCCAAGUUGAGUUGGAACGUGGUGCAACAUUUGUACCACCAAGAGCUAAGACAUCUUACCAAGUGGUGGAUUGGAUUGGACUUUGUGACAAAGCUAAGUUUUGCUCGAGACAGAUUGGUGGAAAUUUAUUAUUGGGCUUUCGGAGCCAUAUGGGAACCGAAAUUUUCGAGGGCCAGAUGCUUUGUCACCAAAAUUUUGGUUCUUACUUCAGUGGCUGACGACAUAUAUGAUGUGCGUGGCGAAAUUGAUGAGCUGAAGCUAUUCACGACCACGGUUGAGAGAUGGGACACAAGUAUGAAGGAUCUCCCAGAUUACAUGAAAGUGUUUUUUGAAGCAAUUGUUGGUGUCGUUAACGAAAUAUGCACAAUUACUACCACGGAAGGCAGAUCAUAUUGUUCUGAGUAUCUAAAGGAAGCGGAAAAGAAUCAGAUGAGGGCAUACCUUGCGGAAGCAAGGUGGUAA